AAGCGAACUUCCCAAUUCCCAUUCAUUGCUUGUAUAGCCGCCAUCAGUGUCAUCAGAACCAUGAGUGAAAACAAUGAGAAUCCAACUUAUCAGAACCGUCCUGUUCCAAGGCUGAAUGAGAGGAUUCUCUCAUCAUUAUCAAGGAGAUCAGUUGCUGCUCAUCCUUGGCAUGAUCUUGAAAUAGGACCUGGAGCUCCUUCUGUUUUCAAUGUUGUUGUGGAGAUCACAAAAGGAAGUAAAGUUAAGUAUGAGCUUGAUAAGAAAACCGGACUGAUCAAGGUUGAUCGUGUGUUGUAUUCUUCGGUUGUGUAUCCUCAUAAUUAUGGUUUCAUUCCGCGCACUCUUUGCGAAGAUAAUGAUCCAAUGGAUGUUUUGGUCCUUAUGCAGGAACCAGUUCUCCCCGGAUGCUUUCUUCGAGCAAGAGCUAUUGGUCUUAUGCCAAUGAUUGAUCAGGGGGAGAAAGAUGAUAAGAUAAUUGCUGUUUGCGCUGAUGAUCCUGAGUAUCGCCACUACACUGAUAUCAAAGAACUAUCUCCUCAUCGUCUUGCUGAAAUCCGUCGCUUCUUUGAAGAUUACAAGAAGAAUGAGAACAAAACUGUUGCCGUCGAUGAGUUCUUGCCUUCAUCUACUGCUGUUGAUGCCAUUCAAUACUCAAUGGAUCUCUAUGCUCAAUAUAUUUUGCAGAGCCUGAGGCAGUAGGACACUGGCUGGCCUUACAGUAGGCAUGGCUAGAGAAACUAAAUAAGAAAGGAGAUUUUCAUCUACAAGCUGCUUGUUUGGUUGGAUGUUAUGUUUAUUUAGAGUGUGCUUUAUAUAUUAUUGGAUGAUCCUUUUGGAAGUGUUUCUGUUUGCUUAAUCACUGUUAUGAUUGCAUGAAAAUUAAUAUAUGGGGAAUUGUUAUAAAAUUAUAAGAGACAACAUAAUAUCCAAAGUGGAGAAACAAGAGAAA